GCUAGUGCUCCUUUCUUCGUCUUUUCUUGUCUUAAACCCUAGAAAAAUCAAAAUCAAAGGGUACCAAAUUCCAUCUCCAGUAAUGUCUUGGGCCUGCAAAAAAUGCACCUUUCUGAAUCCUCCAUCUCAAAAAUCGGAAUGUCAAAUCUGCUUGUCCUCUCCCUCUCCUCUUCUUCCUUCAACUUCAUCUUCAUCUUCUUCGCCCCCAAAAUGGUCCUGUAAAGCCUGCACCUUCUUGAACCCUUACAACAACUCCACUUGCGAGGUCUGUGACACUCGAUGCCCCGUUCCGUCACUUUCCAACUUGGACGAUUUCAAUGACGCCGACCACGAUUCUUCGGUUGGCUCUGUUUUCUUCCCUCUUCGAUCUUGCAAGAGAAAAGCCAUCGACCCCAUUCACGUUGUUGAUGACGAUUUUGCUGAAGCACCAGUGAUAAAGGCAUCAGAGAACAUUUUUUCAGGAAAAGCUUUUAGUUCAUUGAAGAUCCUAAGUUACAAUGUCUGGUUCCGGGAAGACUUGGAGUUGCAAAAGAGGAUGAAAACUAUUGGCGACCUUGUUCAGUUGCAUUUCCCUGAUGUUAUCUGUUUCCAGGAGGUUACUCCGAAUAUAUAUGACAUUUUCAAAAAUUCAAACUGGUGGAAUGUAUAUCAUUGUUCUGUUUCUUCUGAGAUGGCUUAUUCAAGACCGUACUUUUGUAUGGUGUUAAGCAAACUGCCUGUGAAAUCUUUCAGCAAAAAACCCUUUAGCAACUCUAUAAUGGGAAGAGAACUUUGCAUGGCUGAGGUUGAAGCUGUAAGUGGCAAGUCAUUGGUUGUUGCCACUAGCCAUCUUGAGAGUCCCUGUCCAGCCCCUCCGAAAUGGGAUCAGAUGUUCAGCAAGGAACGAGUAGAGCAGGCCAAUGAGGCUUUGAACCUUCUCAAGAAGCACCCUAAUGUUGUUUUUGGAGGUGACAUGAACUGGGACGACAAACUGGAUGGUCAAUAUCCUUUACAAGAUGGGUGGACUGAUGCCUGGUCUCAGCUAAGGCCAAAUGAAAGUGGUUGGACUUAUGAUACAAAGUCAAACCAGAUGCUGACGGGCAACCGUACUCUCCAAAAGCGAUUAGAUCGUUUUAUUUGCCGUUUCCGUGAUCUGCAGAUAAGCAGUAUUGACAUGAUUGGGAUGGAUGCAAUACCUGGUGUGCUAUACAACAAAGAGAAGAAAGCAAGAAAAGAGAUAAAACAACUGGAACUCCCUGUUUUGCCUAGUGAUCAUUAUGGCCUGCUUUUGACAAUUUCUAGUAAGUAAUGCUGCUCUGGAGAUAUUCUGGCUGUUGAAGCUAUUAUUCUCACUCUCUGAUGUUGCUGUAUCUAAGGCAUGUUUUGCAUGCAAUUUUGUAUAGACUUAAGCAAAAAUGUAAAGGAUUAUUGACAUUGAACAUGGGGACAAAAUGCUAUAUUU